CAGGAAGUGGCAGCUAUAACUGGACUAGCAGUAAAUAUGUGACUGUCUGACUUUCGAAGCUUGUGGAAAAAUUCCAGACCAACGUUUACUUGGUGGACAUAUUCCACGCAAAAUCUCAGAAGAUUCAUAGUAUAAUUUGAGCAAAGCACAGGACAGGCACCCUGGGCCUUAGAAGGAGAGAAGGCAUGUCUCCCCAGAAGCGUGGUACCCCUGACAGGGAGGGACCUAGCAUAUCACUCGGGGAAAGACCCUGCCAAAGAACAGAUAUCAUCAAGAAGGCAUUCUGUGUGGCUUCAAGAAACUAGUCCUGUUUGGAUCCAAUACUGACGCUGUUCAAGAAAAAUUAUGGCCUCAGCCACUAGCUCCAAGAAGAUAAGGGAGGAAACCAACUGUUCCAUUUGCCUAAACCUGAUGACUAACCCAGUGAGCAUCAAUUGUGGACACAGCUACUGCCACUCCUGUAUAAUGGAAUUCCUUACGAAGUCAAGCUGCAAUCAGCUGAUGCUAUUCUACUGUCCCCAGUGUCAAGCCCCAUUUUGCACAGAUAGCCUCCGUCCCAACAAGCAGCUGGGAAAUCUCAUCGAAGCCAUUAAAGAGAUGGAUCAUGAAAAGUCAUGUGAGGAACAUGGAGAACCACUCCAACUGUUCUGCGAAGAUGAGGGCCAACUCAUCUGUUGGCGCUGUGAGCGGACACCACAGCACAAAGGUCAUACCACAGGUCUGGUUGAGGAUGUAUGCCAGGGCUACAAAGAAAAGCUCCAGAAAUCUGUGACAAACUUGAGGAAACUUGAAGAGGAAUGCAUAGACCUGAAGGUGUCCACAGCUUUGCAGAUAACUGAAUGGAAGGAGAAAAUACAGAUUCAGAGACAAAAAAUCCACUCUGACUUUAAGAAUCUCCAUAGUUUCCUGCAUGAGGAGGAGAAGUGUUACCUCUGGAAGCUGGAUAAAGAAGAAGAGAGGACUCUGAAGAGACUGAGGGUCCAUCAGGCUGAUCUGGAGCAGAAGAGCCAGGAAAUCAAGAGCAACAUCUUGGAACUGGAGGAAAAAUGUCAGGGUUCAGCCCAGAAUUUAUUAGAGGAUGUGAAAGAUACUUUGAGCAGGAGUUGGGCUGUGAAGCUGGAAACACCAGAGGUCUUUUCCUUAGAGCUUCAUACUACAUGCAAUGUCUCUGAGCUUUACUUUGAUGUGAAGAAAGUAUUAAGGAGCUAUCAAGUCAAUGUGACUCUAGAUCCAGAUACAGCUCAUCAUGAACUAAUUCUGUCUGAGGAUCGAAGACAAGUGAUUCGUGGAUCCUCCCAGAAGAAUCAUGACACUUCUUCCAGGAAAUUUAGCAUUUUCCCUUGUGUCUUGGGCUGUGAGGGCUUCACCUCAGGCAGAUACUACUACGAAGUAGAUGUUGGAGAAGGAACUGGGUGGGAUUUAGGAGUUUGUAUGGAAAAUGUGCAGAGGAGCACUGGCAGGCAAGUGGAACCUCAGUCUGGAUUCUGGACUCUCAGGUUGUGCAAAAAGAAAGGCUAUAUAGCACUUACCUCCCCGCCGACUUCCGUUCAUCUGAGUGAGCAGCCCCUGGUUGUAGGAGUUUUUCUGGAUUAUGAGGCUGGAAUUGUAUCUUUUUACAACAUGACUACUGGUACUCAUAUCUUCACCUUCCCAAAGGCUUCCUUCUCUGAUACUCUCCGGCCUUAUUUCCAGGUUUAUCAAUAUUCUCCUUUGUUCUUGCCUCCUCCAGAUAAGUAAAGAAAGGAGCAAAGUCUCUUUCUUGGUUUAACCUGCACAGAGAAGGCAAUGUAAAUCCCACAAGGGUCUGCUUUCUUUACUGCAAUCUCCCCAAUACCUAGAAUAGUGUUGGCUUUAGUGGAUAUAUAAUAAAUCUGAACUGAGUGACUAGAUAUAAAGACUAUAAAAAUAUCACAGAUAGUCAGCCUGUAAUGAGGGAAAGGAAGAUAAUAGUCAUGAUCAUACAUUAUCUUCUCUAACCCACUUCAAUGAGUCCAGGGUGUUGAUUUCAAAGUUCUUAGGUGACCUAAAGGUCAGAAGGUCUGUGUCCUCCCAGUUUGUUCGAGGCCAUUUGGAUUUAGGUAUAGGGGAUGAAAGAAAGCUGCAACUGUCUUCCAACUACAUAAAAGAGCAGGAAAAUCAAGAGCAGUGACUCUUCCAACACUGACAAGUUGAUUAACAAUCACAGAUACAGUCCUGGAGGCUACCAGACCUAGGGAGCUCUGCCUAGGAAAUAACUUUUCUGUUAUGGUAAAUCAAUUUUAACAAAGUAAAAUAUGAAGAUACUUAAAAUGGAAAAGGGAUUAUGAGGAAAAAUGAAUUUUGAUGGGGAACUCAGUUGAGGAAAAGAAGUUGAUAUUUUCCAGUCUUUGCUAGAGCCAGCUACCUUGAAAUAUUAAAAAACUCAGUAAAUGAUUAUUGUUGAUGUGAUUAUUGACAGUCUUUAUUAUAAUUCAGAUAUGAUCAAAUAGGCCUUGACUCUCUACAUGGGUUUAUUCCAGAAAGUAUAUUUCCUGUUAAACCUAAAUUAUCAUACCUAAGUGGUCUAAUGACAGGACCAUAAAGUUAGCCAACCUAUAAACAACAUUGAUGAUGACCAAAAAAGUCACAAAGUUGCUCAUGUUAUAAUUUACAGUUGAUUUAUUUUGCUCACCACUUUACCUACAUGCCCAGUCUACUGCCAAGGACAUAGUAGUUGCUCAA